AACUGGCGCCUUACGGAUCGAACCAGGACUGUGGGAAUCGGUCUCGUCUUGGCCCUCAAUUUAGGUAUGGAUCCUCCAGAUGUUGUGGAUAAACCUCAUCCCUGUGCAGUGCUUCAUACUUGGAUCGACCCCAACGCCGAACGUGCGGCCACGGCACGCGAAAAAAUCGGAGAACGCCUUGAGCAACAGUAUUCCAAGUGGCAGACAGCCAGCACGGCCUGGCCGUUGCGCAAACGACGGACGGUAGAUCCGACCAUGGAAGAUGUACGGAGCCUUUGCCAGCAUCUCCGUCGACACGCCCGGAACGAGAGAGUCUUGUUUCAUUACCACGGACAUGGUGUGCCGAGACCAACCCACAACGGAGAAAUAUGGGCGUUCGACGCCAAGCGUACAGAAUACAUUGCCUUAUCGGUUGCAGAUGUUCGCACGUGGCUGGGAAAACCCAGUAUUGUUGUUUUGGACUGUUCCUCCGCUGGCGUGCUAGUGCCUUUCUUUACGGCGCCAAUGGCCGAUCCUUCGGUUGCACCCUCCUCGACACCAUCGCGAGCUCAGACCGAACCGACAAAUCUCAGGGAACAAGCAUCGGAGUGGGUUAGCGACACAGUCGUACUAUGUCCUUGCUCUGAAGGCGAAUGGCUACCCAUGAACCCAGACUAUCCCGUCGACAUUUUUACGUCGUGUUUAACCACUCCACUCAAGAUUGCUCUUCGGUGGUUCAUUCAAAGGAACCCCGUCAGCAUGGCUUCCCUUCACCCCGAUGCAGUAGAUCACAUUCCUGGUGUUUUCAACGAUCGAAAAACUCCACUCGGAGAAUUGAAUUGGAUAUUUGCCGCCGUAACGGACUCAAUUGCUUGGAACGUACUGCCCAAACCGCUAUUUCAGCGACUUUUUCGUCACGACUUGCUGAUGUCCAGUAUGUUUCGUAACUUUUUAUUGGCUGACCGAGUUCUGCGAUCGAUGGGUUGCACCCCGGUAUCCUAUCCUCCGUUGCCACCGGGCAUUUCGAAUCAUCAACUGUGGCAAUCUUGGGACUUGGCCUGUGAAACAAUGUUGGUGCAGCUCAUGAAUGACGGAACUUCCAGGCACCCCACCAAUCACACAGUGAGUGUCUCAUCACCGUUUUUCUCAGAGCAAUUGACAGCUUUUGAAGUAUGGCUAGAAUUUACGUCAAUCCAUAAGAUGCAGUUGAAACUCGGAAUGCUGGAGCCACCCGAACCGCUGCCAAUGGUACUACAGGUCCUACUUAGUCAGACACACCGUAUUCGUGCGUUGCACCUCCUUCGGCGGUUUUUAGAAUUUGGCCCAUGGGCAGUUAACCUGUCACUCAUUCUGGGAAUUUUUCCCUACGUGUCGAAAUUGCUGCAAUCUCCUGACUACAAGAGCUUAUUGGUUGGUAUUUGGGCAUCUAUCUUGGCUUUCGACCCUUCUUGUCGCGUUGACAUGCUGAAAAACGGAAUUCUUCACCACUUUGUCCAGUAUUUGACAUUGGACCCGGAUGCAUAUGGUUCAGUUAAAGAAGCCAAAGCCGCUCGGGAGCGAACCUUGGCUGCGUUCGACUUGUCCAUUACUUGCUGUGGUUACCCUAUGGGGCAGUCCGAAUGUGUUCGACUUCGCCUCCAUAAUCAUUUCUGCGCGCUCUUUUCUGCUUACGAAAAAACAGAAAAAUGUCAGUAUGACGAUAUGGAACUUUAUUUGCCAGCGCGCUUUCGACUUUGGUUAUGUAUUUGCAUCGCGAAUAUGAUGAAAGACAACAAUGCAACGCAGGCUGAAGCGUACAACGCUGGUGUACAUUCACGCCUAUUUGUGCGAAUGAGUGACCAAGAUCCGGACGUGCGAGCCGCAGUUUGCUAUGCUCUUGGUUGCCUCCUCGGUACUUCCGCGAAAAAUGAACAAACAGGGAAAAAUUUGUUAACGAUUGAGGUCUUAUUGAAAGCAGUUGAAGACGCGAGUGUUGUAGUACGGUACGAAGCUACACUCGGUCUAGCACGAGCAGUUGGAAAAUAUCUUGAUGCCUUUGUAUCCGUUGCCUCCACCGCAGCAAGCAAUGAAGAUAGAAAUAUGUAUGUUUCUUUGCCUCCUGCCGUUGAUCUCAAAACAGGCGAUCGUUUUGCACUGGUUUGGAGCAUCUUGCGGUUAUUGCAGCACAAUGACCCCUUUCCUUUCAUUGCUAAGGCGGCAAACGAUAUCGUGUGCGUAGUCUUUGAGCAUUUACUUCGCCGCCGAUUGACUACCAGCGAUCGGGAUGACAAGGGGCGCCAGAGUCUAGCGCUGCGCGCUGAGAAACUGGCAUCAAAUUUGACAGGGAUCGAAGAGGAGCAGGACUCCGAUGGCAUUGCGGGCCAUUCUAUCGAUUCAACUCCACCACUUAGCGAAGCCCCCACUCAGCAACCCUCCGCCGUCAUGCAAAAGUCACCCCAAGCCGAUCUACGUCGCGUUGCUUCAGAAUCUAUAACAGGUAGGAACACAGCUCACUCGAUGGAGCAGAAUGCCCUUGAUAUGAAUUUAUCUGGAGUCUUAAAGGAAGAUAUGGUUAAAGGCGGUCCCGUACAUUACAUACUUCCGAAGUCUCAAUUUUUCGAGUGGAAAAGGGACUCUUUCGACAUAAACUUUGAGUUUGUAGAUGAUGAUACUCCAGCUGAUACAGACCCUCUCAAAAUGCUUUACGAACAAGAAAGCGAGGAUGCUUUGCUAGCAGUAGAAGAAGAAGCCACUUUGAAAAAGGGCGAGCUGGAGCUACAAGAAAACAUGCUUUUACGCAACGAAGGAGUCAAGAUGACGUCUAUGGUUCGGUUUCAUGCUUAUGAAGAUGUACUGAUGGCUUGCGGCGCGUCAGAUGCCGUUUCAAUGUGGUGCACAAACUCCGGCAAACAGCUUACGAAAUUUCUCAAUAGCAAAACAAAAAAGGCUCGAUUGACUACAUCGGCUUGGAUCAAUGAACACGCAUCCAGUCUUUUCAUGGUUGGCGGCGACACUGGCAACGUUCACGUGUGGGGCAACCUCCUUGAGAGCAACGGAGAGGCAUGCAGAACACCUGCCAAGUUGAUCUCAGCCUUUCAAGCCGCUCCCAUGACAGCGGGACAACGCGGUAGUGGACUCAUUUGCGAAUGGCAAUCGUACAGUGGGACAUUGUUGGCUGGUGGCAGCAGCAAGACUCUGCGCUGCUGGGAUCUAGAAUCGGAAAAACUUUCUAAUCAAUUUGAGACCAACACAGACGCAAACCUGACAACUUUGACGACUGCUUGGGAUUACGAUGAACUUGGAAUGGGGCCCGGGCCUAAAGGAUAUCAAGGCAUUGGACAGGAUAUCGUUGUCGGCGGUUUUAGCGAUGGAGCUUUGAGGAUAUUUGAUAUUCGCACCAACCAGGCAGGCAGUAGCUUGCAGUCUAGCCAACCUACACGACCUCGCCGAAAGAGAGCUACUGAGUUUUCUGAACACAAGACUUGGGUCGUUUCGACUUCGUUCACUGCGUAUGGAAACCGUUACGAGCUCAUUUCGGGAACAAUAUCCGGGGAAAUAAAGAUUUGGGACUUACGUAUGUCUUCAAGUAUUCGAACAUUUGCUGCACAGAGAAGCACCAUGACGAGCUUUGCGGUCCACUCGAAGAUUCCAAUACUGGCCACUGGAUCGCACGCUCAGUUCAUUAAGUUAUUGACUCUGGACGGCGACGCAUUCCAGGUCAUGCGGUACCACGGCAAAAUGGCGAGUCACCGGAUCGGACCGGUGAGCUGCCUUGCAUUCCAUCGUUUCAAACCCAUGCUUGCGGCUGGAGCGACGGACGCUUACAUUGGACUCUACACUACCAAGAAAAGAUUCAUUUAAACAGUUACAUAAAUUGUGUAAAUUGUAGAACAAUACUGAAUUG